AAGAAACAUUACAAAAAUACACUAUAAUAAAGUCAUCUCCUUCGUCCACACUACUUUCUCUGAUUCAGCCAGACUUCAACAACGAAACCCAGAAACCAUUUUCUCUCUUUUUAACCUUUCUGCUGCAUCUAUGGCUCGUUCCACUGCUCUGGCUCUCAUUUUAUUACUGGUAUUUGCUGCAUUUAUGUCAAAUAUAGAGGGAAGGAAGAUUUUUAUGACUAAUACAGGGAAAGACAACGAAAAGGAGAGUACCGUCCCUUCUUUGUUUGCAAGGUUGGUUCUCAGUGCCCUUCCUAGGGGCACAGUUCCAUCUUCUUCUCCUAGCAAGAAGGGUCAUGCCACACUAGAUAAUGAGCAGCUUUUCCAGAGGCAUCUCGUUAGCAUCGAUCGGAUUCUAAAGUCUGUUCCAAGCCCUGGUGUUGGCCAUUAAGCCUCAUAUUCUUGAAAAGACAGUAUCUGUUUUUGUCGCUACAAUUUUCAUAAUUUUUUACUUCUUUUUCUUGUUUUCUGGUGAGUUAGACGUAUACAGAAGUGUAUAGAUUACAGGGGGCUGUAAUUCUCUUUCAUUUCCUUUUUUUUUAGAAGGGAUUGAUUUACAUGCAUCCCUUCGCAUGACUCCGAAAUUUUUUAAACACUUGAUUAAGCAGAAUUUCAAUUAACUAAUUUUAUGUAUUUUAUAGGAAAAUCUCUCUAGGUAUUUCUUGGCAUGGCAAUGUACUGGCAGAUCUUUCAUUUCGUUUC